AUGCAAGACGACAGGCGAGUUUUGGGCGGUCCGCUUGACGCACUCCUCCUAGUCUCCAAACUCAAUCAGAUCGCUUCGCCCUUCCUGCAGCUGUCGGCAGAGUCAAGGAAUUCCAUUUACGAACAUUACUUCCAGCAGAUCAAGUGGCUCAUCCACAGUGAAGAAGAUGAGCGGCAUCGCGAGCACACUCUACACGUGCCCAGUCUCCUCCUAGUCUGUCGCCAGAUAUACACCGAGACAGCCCUCUUGCCCUACUCGAAAAGCCUUCUCUCCGCAAAUAACUUGACACUCUUCGCAAAGUGGCUUGCCACUCGGUCGAUCCUUCAAGUCAAUUCGAUUACCAGACUAGAGUUACAAUGCAGUCUAGCCCUAAUGGACCACUCAAUAACGCAUCACACCUUGCCCGUUGACAAGCAUGGCACCCUACUACGCUCCUUUCCACGUCUGAAGUAUAUUCAUCUUCAGGUGGAUGUCACCCGCAGAACUCGAUUCGGGGGUCCAACGCACCCAAAUUGCGCUCAGACACAUGUUAACGAUUUGAGGCAAUCUUUCGAAAAGAUUGUUCCUGGCGUGGAGGUCACUGCAGCACACGCCACCGAGGAAGAGACUUAG